AUGUUCGGUUCGAGAAGACUAAUAUCUACCACAGUUCCGAGGAUAUUCCUAUCGUCCUAUUUGAUUCUAAGACAAAGAGACCUGACACCUCCAGUUUAUUGCAUCAGUAGCAUCAAUAGCAGUAUAUCUCAGAACAGCAGAUUUAAUAGCACACUAGGGUUCGUAAGUGGCCCAAAUAGCGAUUUCAUGGACGGGAGCAGCAAAGAAGAAGAGAGUGACCACAAAAGAGAAAAUAAAAUGAGUGAACACUACGACCUGGUCGUUCUAGGAGCAGGCCCAGGAGGGAUGUCAGCAGCGAAAGAAGCAGCGACCCUGGGAAAAAAAACGCUACUAUUCGACUUCGUAAACCCGUCGCCCAGAGGAACGACCUGGGGAGUAGGAGGGACGUGCGUAAACGUAGGAUGCAUUCCGAAAAAACUGAUGCACUACGCAGGAACUUUGCGAAGCGCGAAUGCGGACAGGUACAACUACGGGCUGACGGACAAGCUGGAGGACGGCCCAGUGGAUUGGGCGAGGCUAGUGAAGAACGUUCAAAACCACGUGAAGAUGUUGAACUUCACAUACAGAGUCAGCGUAAAUAUGCCAAAUUUAACGUACGUGAACGCAUAUGCAACCUUAAAGGACAGUAAAACAGUGGAGUACAAGCUGAAUGGAGAAACAAAAACAGCAACUGGCGAUAAAAUACUAAUAGCAGUGGGCGAAAGGCCAUAUGUCCCUCAAGAUGUUGAAGGCGCGAAAGAAAAUGCAAUAACAUCGGACGAUUUGUUCUCGCUGCCAAAGGCGCCAGGGAAAACGCUGGUAGUUGGCGGUAGCUAUGUUGCACUAGAAUCCGCUGGAUUCUUAGCUAGUCUAGGAUAUGAUGUUAAUGUCAGUGUCAGAUCAAUUCUGUUGAGAGGAUUUGAUAGACAAUGCGUAGACAAGGUGCAGGAGUUGAUGGAGGCAUCGGGAGUUAAAUUUUUAUUUCAAAAAACCCCGAAAAAAAUUGAAAAGUCAGAUGAACGCUACAAGGUAACAUUUGGCGACGGUUCAGUUGAUUAUUACGACACAGUCAUGUACGCAACAGGAAGGAUGCCAUUAGAUGAUAUCAAGAAUUACAAAUCACUGGGACUGGAGUUUGACAAUUCAUAUAACCUGGUCACACACAACGAAAAGACAAACCUGGAUAACGUAUACGCAGUAGGAGAUAUACUGAGUAAUAAGCCGAAAUUGGCACCAGUAGCAAUAAAAGCAGGAGAGUUGCUAGCACAACGCCUGUUUAAUAACUCGACAGUGCAAAUGAAAUACGAGGACGUGCCCGUAUGCGUAUACACACCAUUUGAAUACUCGUCAUGUGGACUCACAGAAGAGGAGGCGAUCAAGAGGUACGGAGAAGACGGAAUCGAAGUGUACCUAAAAGAGUACAGUAACCUGGAAGUGUCAGCAGCACAUAGAGUAAAUAAGAAGACAGAUGACGACUUGGACUUCCCAUUGACAUGUUUGACGAAAGUUAUCUGUCUAAAGGACGAUACUAUAGUAGGACUCCAUUUUGUUGGACCAAAUGCAGGAGAAAUAAUGCAAGGAUUCUCAGUACUGUUGCUACUAAAAGCGAAGAAGAAGGACCUGGAUAGAGUGGUGGGAAUACACCCGACGGACGCAGAAAGUUUUAUGGACCUGACAGUGACAAAAUCAAGUAAACAGUCAUGGAUAGCAAAAGGAGGAUGCGCAGGAGGCAAGUGUGGCUAA